GUCCUCUCCGCAUUUUGUCCUCUCCGCUAAGACGACAGACGACCUCAACCACCACUGGUGAACACUAAUGCCGUGAACCUUUCCGCAUGGAAGGCCUCCGCAAGCGUCAGCUUGGUGCCUCUCGUGUCCCACAUUCACAAGAGCGCAAGUACGGCAGCCUACGUCGCGUACGCAAUCUGCCGUCGUCAUCGUCUCAUUCCCGAAGAGAAUCAGCUGCUGACCAGGAAGACAGCGACCCUGCCACCGUAGACGACGCAAGCGACAGCAGUAGCGAGCAUCAAAGCGAGGGAGAGGAGUGGGACGCGGCUGCGAUCAAGGCGUCGAGCAAAAAACGCCGCAACAAGACGGCCGAACCGGGCUCACCGCUCGACUCAGCACGACCGCAUAGACGGAGGACCGCAAGCAAUGCAUCGUCUUCGCCGCCAAAGGUAGGCUGCGCCCCCAUCAAGAGGGUCAAGGGGCUUGAAUCAUCGCGCGAGUCGAGUGCUCAAGUCUCGAGCUCAUCACUCGAAGACGACGAGGCGCUGCAGCCGCCCAAGAAAAGGUCUCAACAGAAACGAGCCUCAGGCUUCGGCCCGCUCAAGCUGCCUGCCACAGCAGCAGCAGCAGCAUCGCAUCGUGUAGCCAGCGCUGCCGGUCCCUCGGGCUCCUCGGCUCCCUCACGCAAAUCGAUCCUCAAAGUAGCCGAUGCUGCAUCAAAGGGAGAGCUACGGCAGGCAUCCCGCGACCCCUUCGCUGCAAGUAGUUUCGUCCGCUCCAUUUCAAGCGAUUCUCCCUUCGCCUCAGGCAACGAGUACGCCGUCGAGAAGCUGGCAGAGGCGCCGCGACGCAGAGCCGCUGUAGGUAUGCAGCUCCCCCCGAAGGACAAGACGACGACCACUCCAGCCUCAUCGGCCGACAGUAUCUUCUCUUCCCCUGCGACGGCCACUACGGCUACGGCAAGCCCCUCUCAAGAAUCUCUUCGCCGAAUGCUAAUUGAAGCCUCCGAUGGCACGACACCCAAGCAACGCGCAACACGGCGAGGUUCUCAAGCCAAAUCGGCCGCCACUCCCCGCCGAGUCGUAGAUCUCAAGUCUUGCCCCUUUUGUGAUCAACCCAUGCCCAACAAGCCCAGCCGUGAACUCAUCGAGAUGUUGCAGCCCUACCUGGACAAAUGGCAUGAUGGUCGCACACUGAAAGCGACGGAGACCCUCGCGGCAUGCACAAAGCACCAAGAGGAGCUUGAGGUCAUUCCGAACGGGAAAAAAGAGGGCUGGCCCACCAAACUAGACUUGGCCAGUCUGCUAGAGAGGGUCGAAGAGGUGGCGAGCGUGAGGGUCAAAGAGCUGAUGGAGGAGCCCAUGGAGAGUGUCUUCUGGGAGACGGCUUUGCGCUUGCGUAAAGGAAGGCGUGGCGGGCAGGUGGACGCGGAGGCAGAGGCGAGGCGCGACGAGCCCGCCGCCACUUCCUGGCUCACCAGCAUGCUUGACGUUCAAGCUGGCUACUACGGCGAACAGGGAUGCGACGUCAUCCGCUCGUCACUUGCAAGAUCGCACCUUCCAUCAAUCACCCAGCCUGCCGGCCUGGCGCGUAUUCAACCCUUGACGGCGAUCGAAUUUGUCGACAACAUACUUGUGCCCGAGGUGGCUUGCACCUUGAUCAUGGAGGAUUAUGCGGCCAGGCCGAGGAGAAUAAGAAAGCAUUUGAGCAUGGAAGAGGCAAGAGAGAUCAAGAGACAGAGUACCCCUUACGGGAUGGCAAUGUAUCCUGCUGAGACGGGAGGGAGGGGGAAUCACCUCUUUGGCGAGUACAGCAGCACGACGGAGAAAAAGACGACGACGGCCGCAGCCUCAGCCUCGGUGCCAGCGUCAGCGUCAAGUUCGACAACCUCGAGUUCCACUCGGCGAGCUCGUCGCCAGGUCAGCGAGCUAGCGACCCCUCCGGGCCCGCCAGCAGAAGCAGCCCGCCCGCGUCCACGUCCUCAGCCCUCCGCCUCUACAACUAGCAUCACACGCCGUCCCUUCCUCGACGACGAUUCCGACGCCGAGGGAGCUCGCCCUAGCCAUGCUAUAGAUCUCACCACGCCUUCGCCGGGUCGCCCCAGGCCGAAGCCUAGGAUCACCGGCGAUCUACACCACGUCUUACGCGAUGACGAGGAUGACGACGACGACUUUUGGUCAAGACGUCCGGCCAAGCCGAGAGCCAGUACCAAUGAUGGUGGUGGAGGAGCACAGACUCGAACUCCUCCGCGGCUACCAAUGGGCGACGAAGCGACCCCGAAGGCAAGGCCUGGGCCGCCUAUCGUGCCUAUCACGCCGAGCGAUGCGCAGAAGACUAGGAGGGAAGAGCAGCAGCAGGGGCAGGAGCAGGAAACAGGAGGAUCAUCGCACUCCCAGUCAGAGUGGGUCGCUACACCUUGUCCACUUCCUCGCACCGGGCUCAUCCUGCCGCCGAAAGAGGACACAACCGCUCAGCCUCGCCCAAUCCAUGGGCUACGAUGCCCCAUCGAGCGCAUAUAGGUCAGGGAUCGUCGAGGCGGCACGAGUACGAGCGCAGAGAGCUGAAACAAAAGCGGUGUAGAGCAUUGUCAGCCUCUUCAACGAUAUUGUCAAUAUACGAGACGUGUGCUUUCCCACUUCGUGGUCUCUGCCGCGAACUUCAGCGCCAGCGAUAGCGCCCGCCCAAUGACUUGCGUUCUUGGAGGAAUGACUCGCCACAUCGUCACGCUCCCUGGAAA